GGGAACGACCAGGAAUUUCAAGAUGGCGAGUUUCACCGGCUUGAAAACUGUACAGAAAGCUGGAUUAAUUUCGCUGCGCUUAUUCAGCACUAAUGUGGCUAAAACAUCACAAGUAAAGGCUCCAGUGAAGGUAUUUGGUAUUGAAGGACGUUAUGCGCAUGCGUUGUACUCUGCUGCUUCAAAGAGCAAACAAUUGGAGAAAGUUGAAGGAGAACUUGUUAAGAUUGAGGGUUUACUUAAGACUGAUCCCAAACUUUCUGCCUUUUUGAAAGAUCCUACAUUGAAUAAAAUCAAAAAGCAAAGUGCGCUUCAGGAUGCCUUCAAGAAAUUGAAGUUCUCCGAUCUUACUAUCAAUCUUUUUGGUGCCUUGGCAGAGAAUAACAGACUUUCAUUGUCGAGCAAUGUCCUCAAAGCUUACAUGCAAAUUAUGUCUGCUCAUCGCAAGGAGGUUCCUUGUGUGGUGACCACAGCUAAACCAUUGGAUGCUUCAAACAUGAGAGAAUUGCAGCAGUCCUUGAAGAGUUUUGUUAAACCAGAUGAAACUCUUAAAAUUGAGACAAAGAUCGAUCCGGCAAUUAUUGGUGGUAUGAUCGUUAACAUAGCAGAUAAGUACGUAGAUAUGUCUAUAUCGACAAAGAUAAAGAAAAUAACAACGGCCAUGGAGGCUUCACUGAAUUGAGGAAAGUACAUUUGGAUUUAAUGCAUUUUGGAAAAACCAUUGCCUUCAUAAAAAGACUUGUGUAAAAGUCUGUAUGUUACCUCCGAGAGAAUAUUAUUUCAAUACAUUCUAUGUUUGUUGAA